GUUUGGCUGCGGUUGCACAGCGUUACUCACGAGACACUUCAGAUUGUCCCUUCGUCGCCACGACUCAAGCAAACCUUUUGCUUGCAUACAGUGAACUGCUUUGCUCGAGGAUCAUCAAGGCUUGGAUUUAUGCUGGUCUUUCCAUUCGAAUGGCUCAAGCUUUGCGCCUUGGCAAAGAAUAUCAUGGCCGACAGACUCCUCUAGAGCGGGAGACUAGACGUCGUAUUAUGUGGACAUGUUUUAUUGUCGAUCGACUGCUCGCACUGGUCUCUUCUAGGCGCUACGCCAUACCCCGGGACUCCCUCACAAUCCAACUUCCGUGUCCCGAGGAUGCAUUCUUGUUUGAGGAAGCGAUGCCCGGCCCAACCCUGCAUGACUUCUCGGCGGAAGUUGGUACUCGCAACCUCUUGGCUCAGACAGUCAAGAGCAUCGAAGCCUGGGGUGAAAUGGCACACCACUUUGCGACUGGUACACGACUUACAUCAGUGACGUCGGCUCUCGAUCGGGAAAACGAGUUCUAUCAGUCUGAACAACUGACCAAAGGUCUGAUUAUGGCCCUCCCGAGAAGGUUGAAAUGGUCACUGCAAAAUUAUGCAACACACCGGGCACUAGGAGUUGGCUGCCUCUUCGCCACCCACUUGUUCAUCCUCAAUCAAGCAGCAUGCCUUGCUCAUCAAGACUAUCUCCCACAAAUCGGUCAGGACUCCCUCCUGCGAGUUGCCGAAGAACCAACUGCUCACCAGGCAUCGGCCAUGCCAAGCACACGUCUUAGCCAAACCGACGAGUACAUGAUAUCGACGUGCCUUUUCCAUGCUGAAGAAAUCAGAAGCAUCGCAAUUCACAUGUUUGGUGGAGACCAGGUCGACCGUGCGUACAUGAGAACACCAUUCUGCGGCGUUGCGCUGGUCACAGCUGCCGGUAUUUUCCUGUGGCACGCUUACUUUGCAGAAGAGCAGCUGGCAGAGUUUCCUGAUAAUGGCCUACAAAUCCCUUCAUCGAAAAUGAAAGUACAACAGAUUGCCCAAAUGAUCGACUUGUGGAAGGAUGAUUGGAAGAUCGCGCAGACAUGGUGCGAAACGAUUGAACUUUUGAACCUCGUGUAUGCUGCAGCAUACAAGAAACCCGAAAUUGAAUUUGAACAUGUAAAUCUCGCCACAAGGGACUCGUCUGCAAGACGUCCACACAGCGAAGAACCCCUCUAGUUUGGAAACGGGGUUCCGGAGCCUGGAGAUGCAGACGCUUCGCUGGUCAGAAAGGUCAGGGCUACGCUUCAAUCGACUUCAGAGUCUUCCGCGCUACGUCGAGAGCAAACGGAGCAUUACAUCCAGAAAUUGUGGGAGGAGAUGCAUGCAAACGGGGGUCCAAUGUUUUGGGUAUGAAUCUAUCCAUGGGGCCACCACUGGACUACGCAGGUAUUUCAGAUUUGGAUGUAGGCACCUUCCCACUCAACGACCCUCUGGACGAUUUGUUUCCAGAAAUUCGGGAUUGAAAACGAUGAAUACAUUAGGCCUAGCAAUCGAC